AUGCAGGCUGUGUUCCUGUCGGUCUACAUUGACGAAGCACAUCCAGCUGACGGCUGGGCGCUGCAAUGCAAUGAUGACGAUGUGGACCACAUGAACGAUCGGGCCUGCGCCUUGUUCAGCGCCUGGCCAGAGCGUCUCUACAUUGUCCAGAGCGGCCGUAUAGAGUUCAAGGGCGGCCCCGGCCCGUUCGGCUACAUUCUUCAAGACAUUGACGAAUGGCUGGCCGACCACUGA